AUGGUUGAGAUAUUUGAUCCUAGCAAGGGCAGAUUCAUUGUACAAGACUUGGUUGGCGAAGUGUCUCUCGGUGCGGUGGAUGUUGAGUGCAUCUUGGCCUUGGAGAACCACGGACUGUCGGCAGAAGGUAUUCUCGGUGAGGAAGGUGAGGAUAUUAAAGAUCGAGUGCCGCCUCAAUUCCUGAGCAAGACCACAGGUAACAUAGUCAUCGAUGAUCUGAUUGUGGACAUCACAAAAAAUAAAUCUGCCGACGACGAUUUCCUUCGGAGAGUUGUCCUCGUGUUGCUUGGAACAGUUCUUGCUCCCAUGUCGAGCAAGACUCGUAUAUCCAAGAUUAAUUGGAAUGCAUUCACCCUCCGGGUUCUGCUGGACUGCCUUCGCAACGUGAGGAAAGGCAAACACCUCCGCCAAUGGCCGAGAAGGAACUUAGCUCUCCUGCAGUACCUGUACUGGGAGAAGGUUCAGCCUCUGGAAGGUGAAUGCGCAUUCAAUCCUAGCUUGUCCAUGGAACCUCUAAUGAGGAAUUGGACUGAAGCUGCAGCCUCAAGGAGAGAAAAGUUUGAUUAUGACCAAGGCCGUGGCCGUGGUAACAUCAAGAUUGAAGACAACAUAACCAAGGAGUAUAGGGCGCAGGAGCGCAAAGUACCCGAACCAGAAAAGCCAAAAAUGAAGCCCGCCGUUGAUGCGGCAAAGAAGUCCAAGUUAGCCUCAAACGCGGAUGAGAUGAUGAACCUCAUCAUGAAGCGGUGUAUGGAUUACAUACGCAGCGAAAUGAAGGAAAUACCAGAACAAGUAGCCGAGAGAUUGUUAGAGAAGUUGAACCAAAAUGGUGUGAUGUACAAGCCUGCGGCUUCCGGCAACAACGAUGCCGACCUAGAAGUGGAUUCCUUUGAGAAUGAGCCGGUGAUUGAUUUCACACAGCCUGACGAGCCUGUUGUAAACCAGAACAACGAUGAUGAGGAAAAAACACCUGCCAAGUUAAAUGUUGACAAGACAACGAAGCCUACUGAUGAGUGCGGCGCAACACCGGAGAACCCUUGGAUUGUAGGUAAUUCUCCUCGAGCAGAAUCGUCCGACAUUGACAUUUCUGCAAGUUCUAUCGACAGGAUGGUGGGUAAGAGCAAGGGGAAAAAGUCUGCAGCAACCGCAAAAGAAGACGAUUUUAUAUCCGGGAAGCGCCGACGGACUGUUCCCAAGAAAUUUGAAUCCCCCUUUAAACUUGACAAGCCCGGCAAGCGAAGCGCUCGCGCUCUGUUUAGUGACAAUGACAUGGAAGGCUCUGUUAAGGACGAUUUGACACCGGAACUCAUCGAUGCUGCUGUUGCGUUUGUGGAGGCAGCUGCUCGGUCUGAGAAGAAUAUGACAAAAAGAGUUUACUACAAUGAACGUGGCACCUCUGUUAUCGAUGCUUAUCAGACACAUUUGGCUCUGCGCGUUGGUCAUGAUCGGCACCUCUGUCCAGCCUGGAGGUCCAAAUACCUUGUUGAUCGUGCUAAGGCACGAGACAACCCUAAACCGUCGAAAUACAACAUGGAUAGUGCGUUGAGCAGAGCUGGAGCAGUACGUAGGGUUCUGGACGAGUAUACUGUCCGUGAUAAGUCAUUUAUCCCGUUGAACGUCGGCAAUACACACUGGAUCACCGUGGUGAUGCACAACCGCAAGAAAGAAUUCCGAGUUUUUGAUUCGCUCUAUCCUCUCGAGUUCUCUCUCGACACUGUGAAAGCACUGCGACUAGCAAUAGCAAUUGAUAUGGAAGAGGCAAACCGUAUUACACCUGGCAAAUAUCCAGACGUCACUAAGUGGCCUAUCAUACCUCAGAUCGACAUGCCACCACAAGAGGACGGGUGA